AUGAUUGCGUUGGGCCGCAUUCCGCUUGCGCCCUUGGUUUCCAGAGUCACCCAGGUGACUCAGAUGAGAAACAUCUCAUUUCUAAAGAAAUUGCUUUCCUUGGAUACAGCAGAGAGCCAGGAUGCUGAGCGUCAGCUCUAUACGUGGGACGAGUCUCCAUAUGAGGAUAUUCGGACGAGGGCUGCCUACAUUCGUACCAAGGCAAAAUGUCCCGUGACAAAUAAGCUGGUGAACUUUGUCUGCCCCAAAUCUGGAAUUCCUACACAUCACGAUGAAGAGGCAUGGAAGAAUGACACCGAGUAUCAUGAGAAGAAGAAGUAUGAGUUGUUGCGUAAAGUGAAUCUUUACGAGCACGACUUGAGAUCGGGCCGGAAAUUCGAUGAGUUCAUCUUCCCGGGACCUUCAGAGCAUGAUUUCAGCACCAGUAUGAGUUCGUGGGACUCGUUCUUUUACACCCGAGAUUUCAAUCCGAUGAACACCGAGUUCAACUUGGCUGCUGCCACCAAGGUCUUGACGUAUCCUAUCACUAUCUCGUCGUUAUUGCAUAAGUACAACCCAUACGGGUUGGAACCCAAGGGUCCACUCACCAUCGAUGGUUUGCGGUCCUUGUCUGCGUUGAAAUAUACCUUGUACUCGCAGAACAGCAAGAAGGAUGUGAUUUUCAAGGACAGAGCUAUGAGAAUCUUCAUUGUGGGUGCCAAGAUUGAAGCCAUGCUUCCAGGAUACGUGUGGAAACAGCUCGGCUACUUGUUUCCUGAUACCAAGUUUGAGAUCCACUUCAUUGGUCCUCACUCGCACUUUGACAUUGACACCAAGUCAUUUACUCCUACUGACAGACCCCACGGACGUCCACUUGUAACUAGAUACGACGAGCAAAUCACUCUUCAUCACCACACAAAGUACUUUUACGAGGUGUAUGACAUGGGCGAUUUGUUCCCAUUUGACCCAUAUUUGGAUGUGUUCUUCCUCUUCCAUCCUGGAUUCAAGACUGCGGAUGAGAUCCACUGGCAGAAGUCCUUGAAGGGCUUAUUGGAGUCCAAGUGUGCAGUUUUUGUUACGGGAUACCACGAAAAGGAUGCCGCCAGAGAAUUGGAGUGGUUGAAAACUAAUGAAUUGAACGAUGAAAUGGAUAUUCUCAUGAACCAGACGAAGAACAUUUUUGGGUCGACGAAGUUGGACUUGGUAGACUCUAACCCUACGGAGACUUUCCAGGCCAACAACGAAAUCUUUGCUUUCAGAGGAAAGAGAUAUCAUGCCAUCAGAAAGUGA